CGGGGCGGUGCCGUGCGGGGCGGUGUGCGCGGAGCGGAGCGGGCGGUGCCGUGCGGGGCAUUGUGUGCGCCGAGAUGCGAUGGGUGCGGUGCCGCCCCGCUGCAGGGCUGCCCGCGGUCCCGGAGUUCCUAACUCCAUAAAGUCAGCCCCAGCCCGAGGUUAGGAGGGGCCUGGAGAGGCUUCAGGAAUGAGUAAAUUAAUUACAGACACCGUUUAUGUCACAUCCGCUGGGAGCACGGAGGGAGCCCGGGGCUGUCGCCUUUUCGGGAGCAAAAAACGGGAUUGAUGCAACUUCCUGCGGGUUUCGAGAGUCGGAGCCGGUGUUGCCGUCGUGUUUUGCUCCAGAACGUCCCGCUGGGAUUUACAGCUGGACACUGAGAGCGGCUGAGAUGUCCGUCCUUGCGCUUCUCCGCAGAGGUGCCGCUGUGCCCGGGACCCCCGUGCCAUGAUCACAUCCCGCACCGCCUGGCACCUGGGAUCCGGGCCCGCCGCCGGAGCCGCCUGGAACACCAAGGACCUUGCCCCGGACGGCCGUGGGCAGGACAGGCUCGGCGCCGGGGGCGGAGCAGGCGCCUCUCCCCGGGCUCCUCUGCUGCCCGCGCUGCUUCACCAUAAAAUCCUCAGCGUGAGCUGGCCGGACUCUGCAAACCCCCGAGGGCUCUGCCGGGCACUGCAGGCCCUGCGGGACACGACGCGCAAGCGGCGGGAGGAGCCGCAGCCCCGGGCCCCGGCCACGGAGGAGGAGCCGCCCGCAGCCCCCCGUGAGCCAGCGGCCGUGCAGGCAGCCCCCACCAUGAACCUGGAGAAAACAGGAGGGAGGCUCUGUGGUGGAAAACGUGCCAGCCUGUCCACGGCCCGGCCCUUCCCCGUGAUCCAGGAGGUGAUGGCCUCCAUGGCACAUCUGCAAAAGGAGAAGCUGCGGCUGCAGGAGGAGCUGCUGGAGCUGCAGGAGAAGCUCACUGCCCAGGAGAACAACGAGCUCUCCCUCUCUCUCCAGCUGCAAGGCCAGGUGGAAACUCUGAAGGAAAAGCUCCUGGAGCAGGCACAGGAGAUCAGCCGGCUGCGCUCGGAGCUGGGUGGCACGGAUGCAGAGAAGCACCGGGACCUGCUGGCGGCCGAGAACGAGCGCCUGCGGCAGGAGAUGAAAGCGCUGGAGGGGGAGCUGCGGGAGCUGCAGCAGCAGCCACCGUGCCGCGACUGCCCCCACCUGCAGGAGAACGCCGAGCUGCAGGAGCAGCUGUCCCAGCUGCAGCGGGAGGCAGAGGAGACGCGGGCCAGGCUGGUGGAGCUGGACCUGGAGGUGCAGCAGAAGACGAACCGCCUGGCUGAGGUGGAGCUGCGGCUCAAGGACUCCCUGGCUGAGAGAGCCGAGGAGGAGGAGCGGCUCAGCCGGCGGCUGCGGGACAGCCAGGAGACCAUCGCCAGCCUCAAGUCCCAGCCCCAGCAGAUAAAGUACAUCAUCAAGACGGUGGAGGUGGAGUCAGCCAAGGUAAAACAAGCCCUGUGCGAGACCCAGUCCCGAAACCAGUACCUGCAGGAACAGGUGGGGAUGCAGAAGCAAGUGCUGAAGGAGAUGGAGCAGCAGCUGCAGAGCUCCCAGAAGACAGAGGCUCAGCUCCGAGCUCAGAUCAUGAUGUAUGAGGCUGAGCUGGAGCGAGCCCAUGGGCAGAUGCUGGAGGAGAUGCAGGCGAUGGAGGAUGAGAAGAACCACGCCAUUGAGGAGGCAUUUUCCCGCGCCCAGGUGGAGAUGAAGGCGGUGCAUGAGAACCUGGCAGGUGUCCGGACCAACCUGCUGACGCUGCAGCCGGCGCUGCGCACCCUCACCCAUGACUACAACAGCCUGAAGCGUCAGGUCCGCGACUUCCCCCUGCUUCUGCAGGAGACCCUGCGCAGUGCCAGGGCCGAGAUCAGCCAGGCCAUCGAGGAGGUGCACAGCACCAACCGGGAGCUGCUGCGCAAGUACCGGCGGGAGCUGCAGCUCCGCAAGAAGUGUCACAACGAGCUGGUGCGGCUCAAAGGAAACAUCCGUGUUUUUGGGCGAGUCCGCCCCAUCACAAAAGAGGACGGGGAGGGCCCCGAGGCAGCCAACGCUGUGACCUUUGAUGCUGAUGAUGACGCUGUCCUGCACCUCCUGCACAAGGGGAAGCAGGUGUCCUUUGAGCUGGAUAAGGUCUUCCCCCCACAAGCGUCCCAGGAGGAGGUGUUUCAGGAGGUUCAAGCCCUGGUCACCUCCUGCAUUGAUGGCUACAAUGUCUGCAUCUUUGCCUAUGGGCAGACAGGGGCAGGAAAAACCUACACGAUGGAGGGGACAGCUGCAAACCCAGGGAUCAACCAGCGGGCCCUGCAGCUCCUUUUCUCCGAGGUGCGGGGCAAAGCGGCCGACUGGGACUACACCAUCACUGUCAGCGCCGCCGAGAUCUACAACGAGGCGCUCAGGGACUUGCUGGGGAAGGAGCCGCAGGAGAAGCUGGAGAUCAAGCUGUGCCCUGAUGGCAGCGGGCAGCUCUACGUGCCCGGGCUCACCGAGUUCAGGGUGCAGAGCGUGGAGGACAUCAACAAGGUCUUCGAGUUUGGCCACAUCAAGCGGGUGACAGAGUGCACCAACCUGAACGAGCACAGCUCUCGCUCCCACGCCCUCCUCAUCAUCACCGUCCGCGGCCUGGACCGCAGCACGGGGCUCCGCACCACAGGGAAGCUGAACCUGGUGGACCUGGCGGGCUCAGAGCGGGUCGGGCGGUCGGGCGCGGAGGGCAGCCGGCUCCGCGAGGCGCAGCACAUCAACAAGUCCUUGUCAGCGCUGGGCGAUGUCAUCUACGCCCUGCGCUCCCGCCAGGGCCACGUGCCCUUCCGCAACUCCAAGCUGACCUACCUGCUGCAGGACUCGCUCAGCGGUGACAGCAAGACCCUCAUGAUGGUGCAGGUCUCCCCUGCCGAGAAGAACACCAGUGAGACGCUGUGCUCCCUGAAGUUUGCCGAGAGGGUUCGCUCUGUGGAGCUGGGUCCUGUCUCCCGCAAGGCUGAGCUGGGCUCCUGGCCCAGCCAGGAGCACCUGGAGGGUGACUCUCCGGGUUCCUCAGCACCAGCAGGCCGGGGCCAUGCAUCCCCCAGCCCGGGGCAGCUCUCCAGUCGCUCUGCCUCCAUCCGCAGGAAGCUCCACACCUCAGCCUGACUUAGGGGCAGCCGUGGCUGCCAGGGAAGCUGAGGUCAAUCCCCCUGUGAUGAGUGCCAGCCAUGGCAUCCAACCUGCUGCAGGACCCAGCCCCUCACAGUGACACAGAGACGGCUGCUGGAAGACAUGAAGGCUUUGGUGCUGUUCCCUUGGCCACCAGGACCCAUGACCAGAGGGUGAUGGCACCUCUCACCAUGAGCAGCACAGGGUCAGGGUCUCCCAGCAGCCAUGCCCCCCUCUCAGAGUGGGGGACAGUGGUGCUGGGCAGGGAUCUGCCUCCUUGGAUGCUCAGCUCUGUGAGUUUAUUUUUACUGGACAGAUGUUUUUAGCCAGAGCAGGGAGCAGCUGGGUGUUCCCUCCAUCUCUCCAGCUUUGCUUUUACAAUGAGAGCUGGAAGGGGGGCACAGUGCCAGACCAGUCCCUGGCCCUGCCUCUCCCACUGCCACAGGGCCAUCCUGGCCACAGUUCCUGCAAGACAGCAUCUGGGCAGCUGCCCAACGUCUUUCAGAGCAGCACUUCCUCCAAGUUAAAAAAUCCCAGCAGCUCUCUUCCCUGUCAGUUUCUCAAGCCCUGUUGUUGCAUGAAGGCCCCCGGUGCUGUGCAUGAGCCGAGCUGCCGUUCCUCACGGUGCCAGUGCUGCCAGGGCCCCACACUGGCUGCCUGUGGUACCUGGCACCAGGGGGGAUGGAGCAGUCUCAAAUGAAGCUAUUGUAAAGUUAUUUACCAGUUGUCUUGUCAAGAGAGAUCACAGUGUGGUCAAGAUGAAAGUGUUUGAAAUAUUUAUACCUGUUUACAUGGUCUUGGAAUGGAAAAGUAGUGGAAAACAAACAAAAAGACCCCAAACCUCCAGUCAAAAAGCCUCUUGGCUUAUGUAUGGGGAUGGUGGUUGGCAGGGGCAUGGGAGGGGAUGACACUGCCCUUGGACCUCUCAAGACCCACCUGUGGGUACAUUUCCUCCGGCUGCAAGCCCCUGCUGGAUGCACUGAUGGCUCUUUCCACCACUCUCUCCUCUCGCGCUUCCACGGCGUAUUCUAUUUAAAAACAAAAAAGGGAAAAAUAAAUUUAGCCUUUUGUAAGAUUAGAUGUUUCUAUGUAUUUUAAUAAUUAAAAAAUACCCUGUUUUGUAACAAAACUUAUUUUAAAUAAACUCUUAAAGCUAGUCCUCCUGUGCUGCG